AUGCAUCGAAGACUGUUCACCUCCGUGCUUGCUCCUGAUGUCGGCUUCAGUGCUCUUGGCGUCUUCGCGCACCUUCGGCGAUCGGACCGAAGGUGGUGUCCCCAACACCAACACCGGGACGUGGCCACCUUCUCCGCGCGCGUGCUCCGCCACAUCGCCUCCGGCGACCGCUCCAGCGCCAACCUGGCCGUCUCCCCGCUCUUUCUCCACGCGGCGCUAACACUUCUCCGCGCGGGCGCGCGGGGCGCGACGCUCGACCAGAUCGUCGCCUUGCUCGGCCCUGCCGGAGGCCCCGCCCACGCCGCGCUCGCGUCGCACGUCGCGCUGCGCAUGCUCGCUGCUGAUGGCGGCGGCGGCGGGCCCACGGUGCGCUUCGCCAACGCCGUCUGGGUCGACGCCGCGCUGCGACUCACCGACGCCUACGCCCGCGAGGUCACCGGGCAGUACCUCGCCGAGGUGCGCUCGGUGCCCUUCAAUUCCAGGCCGGAGGACGCGAGACUCCAGAUCAACCAGUGGAUCGAGAGCGCGACUGCCGGCCGGAUCAAGGACCUCCUUCCCCAAGGCUCCAUCGACAGGGACACGCCGGCGGUCCUCGCCAACGCGCUCUACUUCAAGGGCGCCUGGGAGCGCAAGUUCGACGCGUCGUUCACGCGGGACGACGCUUUCUACCUGCCCACCGGCGGCCACGUCCGCGUGCCGUUCAUGUCGAGCACCAGAGAUCAGUACAUCGCCCGCCGCCCCGGCUACAAGGUCCUGAGGCUCCCCUACGCGCGUGGCCGCGAGCACCGGGCGUUCUCCAUGUACGUCUACCUCCCUGACGCGCAGGACGGCCUGCCGAGCCUGUUACAGAAGCUGGGUUCCGACCCGGCGGCGCUGCUCGAGAGCUCGGUGACUUUAACGACCAAGGUCCCCGUGCGCGAGUUUAAGGUGCCCAGGUUCACCAUGUCGUACAAUACUAAGGCCGCGGCGACGCUGCGGGACCUCGGGCUGACCCUGCCGUUCGACCCCGUCCGCGCCGACUUCGGCGACAUGUUGGAGGCAGCGCCGGGGCCGCUCUUCGUGUCGGAGGUCUACCACGAGUGCUUCGUCAAGGUGGACGAGGAGGGGACCGAGGCCGCCGCGGCCACCGCCGUCGUCGCCAAGGGCUCUGCCCGCUGGCGCCAGUCUCCGCCGGAGGAGGAUUUUAUCGCCGACCACCCGUUCGUGUUCCUGAUCCAGGAGUUCAGCGGCGUGGUGGUUUUCGCCGGGCAAGUGACCAACCCUUCGGUUUCGCUCUAAAUUACCAUUUGGAAGAUGGCACGAUGAAUGGUCAAUGCUGCGUGUUCACCCUUGCAAAUUUGUAAUUGGCUUGUCCAAGCUUAUGAGAUGCUAAACGUAACCGGUUGAA